AUGGCCACCGGAUGGAGAGGCGGGCUGUCCGCUGAUGACUGGAACAUCACCACCGGGUGGAGCGGCUGGCUGUCCGCUGAUGACUGGAUCAUGGCCACCGGAUGGAGCGGCUGGCUGUCCGCUGAUGACUUGAUCAUGGCCACCGGAUGGAGCGGCUGGCUGUCCGCUGAUGACUGGAUCAUGGCCACCGGAUGGAGCGGCGGGCUGUCCGCUGAUGACUUGAUGAUGGCCACCGGAUGGAGCGGCGGGCUGUCCGCUGAUGUCUGGAUCAUGACCACCGGAUGGAGCGGCGGGCUGUCCGCUGAUGACUUGAUGAUGGCCACCGGAUGGAGCUGCGGGCUGUCCGCUUACUGGUUCAUGGCCACCGGAUGGAGCGGCGGGCUGUCCGCUGAUGACUGGAUCAUGGCCACCGGAUGGAGCGGCGGGCUGUCCGCUGAUGACUGGAUCAUGGCCACCGGAUGGAGCGGCGGGCUGUCCGCUGAUGAGUCCCGGAGUUGCGACCAGCAGCGUCAGGGCGAGGAUGGCAGCGACUGUGCAGCGCAUCUUGG